CCGAAAAACUCACAGCUGUUUAGAUUAUAAUCCCAUUUAUUAGCUUCAGCUUUCAAUUUCAUCCACAAAAACCAUAAUAAUCUACACCGAAUCCUUUUCGACGGGAUUUCGCUUUACUCUUUUGUUUUUUUGCUAUUAGCUAAUGUUGCUUUCGUAAUGGAAGAGCUUUAUCAUCUUUGCUCUUCGUAUCUCUAACGAAACCCUAAGUUUUUAUUUUAAUUUUUGCUUGAUUUGUGAGGUUGUUUUUCUUAUACAAAGAGAGAACUUUGAAUGGCGGUGGAGUACAGUUGUUGUGAAUUGGAGUUCUUUAUUCACAUAUUAAUAGUAGUGUUGUUGGUAUUGUUCGCGGGUUUGAUGUCGGGGCUUACUUUGGGCCUUAUGUCGAUGAGUCUCGUCGAUCUUGAGGUUCUUGCCAAGUCCGGUACUCCCAAGGAUCGUAAACAUGCUGAAAAAAUAUUGCCGGUUGUCAAAAAACAGCAUUUGUUGCUUUGUACACUACUUAUAUGCAAUGCUGCUGCAAUGGAGGCACUUCCCAUUUUCCUUGAUAGUUUGGUCACCGCUUGGGGUGCUAUCUUGAUUUCAGUGACCUUGAUUCUUCUGUUUGGUGAGAUAAUACCGCAAUCCGUCUGUUCACGAUACGGUUUGGCAAUUGGUGCAACUGUAGCUCCAUUCGUUCAAGUUCUUGUUUGGAUCUGUUUUCCUGUUGCAUACCCAAUAAGCAAGCUGUUAGACUUUUUACUAGGCCAUGGACAUGUAGCACUUUUUCGAAGAGCCGAGUUGAAAACCCUAGUAAAUUUGCACGGGAACGAGGCUGGAAAAGGUGGAGAACUGACGCACGAUGAGACAACAAUUAUAGCUGGAGCACUUGAGCUCUCCGAGAAAACAGCUAAAGAUGCCAUGACUCCUAUAUCCGAAACAUUUGCUAUUGAUAUUAACGCCAAGCUUGACAGGGAAUUGAUGAGUUUAAUUUUGGAGAAAGGACAUAGCAGAGUUCCAGUUUAUUAUGAGCACCCUACAAACAUUAUUGGACUUGUUUUGGUCAAGAAUUUAUUAACAGUCCACCCUGAAGAUGAAGUUCCUGUGAAGAGUGUCACUAUACGAAGGAUUCCAAGGGUUCAAGACACUCUACCGUUGUACGAUAUAUUAAAUGAAUUUCAAAAAGGUCAUAGCCAUAUGGCCGUUGUUGUAAGACAGUGCAACAAGACAGACCAGCCGCCUUCUAGCAACUCAUCUAGGAGCCCUUUGCCGGAAGUGAAGGUUGACAUUGAUGGUGAGAAAUAUCCUCAAGAAAAUGCUUUAAGACGUAAACGAUCACUGAAGAAGUGGAAGAGCUUUCCCACUUCGAAUGAUUCUUUUAAAAGUGGUUCCCGGAGCCGGAAAUGGUCAAAGGGUACUGAUUCUGACAUCUUACAUCUAAAUGGCAGUCCACUUCCACAGCUCCCUGAAGAAGAGGAGGCUGUUGGCAUUAUAACAAUGGAAGAUGUCAUUGAAGAGCUUUUACAGGAGGAGAUCUUUGACGAGACGGAUCAUCAUUACGAUGACUCAUGACAUUUGCCUUACUUCGUCGCAAAGUUUUUCUACGGCACUGAUUAUUUGUUGUUUCUUGUUUGGCACGCAGUAGAAUUUGGUUUGUUAGAGCUUAUUGUAGAGUGUAGACACAUGCUGGUUGUAUGCGAAAUGCAUUAGGCAUUCGAGUUAAUGGAAACUAUAUAUUUUUGUAAGUAGGACAAAAGCAAGCAUUCCAUUUAUAAAUGUAUGGUAAUGUAAAAACUUGAAUUUAUUUUAUUUUGUUCUAGUUAUUCGCAAUUUGAUAA